UUGAACGUGCAGCGCUGGAGAGUCGAGUUCACUCGUGGAUCGCCGUGAUCGUCGCGGGGCAACAGCUGGAGUGAAACAUGGCCAAGUACCUCGUGCAGAUCAUGGUGAUGGGCGCGCAGGUGGUGGGACGCGCCUUCGCCAGGGCGCUGCGCCAGGAGUUCGCAGCCAGCCAGGCUGCGGCAGAGGCGAGGGGUCGAGCGGGUCAGCAGUCAGCUGCAGCCUCCAGCAUCUCAGGAAUUACUCUGCAGGAGGCCCAGCAGAUCCUUAAUAUCUCCACGCUGUCUCCCGAGGAGAUCCAGAAGAAUUAUGAGCAUCUUUUUAAGGCCAAUGACAAGUCGGUCGGAGGCUCAUUUUACCUGCAGUCGAAGGUUGUCCGGGCCAAAGAGCGCCUGGAUGAGGAGGUCGCCAUCCAGAAGCAGCAGCAGCAGCAGCAGCAGCAGCAGCAGCAACAGCAGCAGAAGCCUGAAACCUGACCCACCCUGUGCCUGCCUACCCCACCCCAAAUCUGUAAAUUAUUAAUACCCAUUAAACGCUUCUCUUCCUCAGAAUUUGAUGUUGGUGUGCAUUUGAUUUUUUUUUUCUUCAAAAUUU